ACCACAGUGCUGGAGCUGUGUGUAGGAAAAUUAUGCUGUCACGCUACCAUGUGCUUGUGUUGGUGCUGUGUCUGUCUGCGGCUGAGGACUUCGACUGGACAAAGAACGACCACGGCUCCUUCUAUUAUGGCACUUUUCCAGCUGGAUUUUCGUGGGGUGCCGGCAGUUCAGCCUACCAGACAGAAGGAGCUUGGGACAAGGAUGGCAAAGGACUGAGUAUUUGGGAUGUGUUCUGUCAUAAUAAGGGAAAAAUCUUCUUUAACGGUACAGGAGACUCCUCAUGUGAAGGCUACUACAAAGUUAAGGAUGAUGUAUCCCUGAUAAAAGAACUCAAACUGAAGCACUAUCUUUUCUCCAUCUCCUGGCCUCGAGUCAUUCCCACCGGGAUCAGGUCUGAAUAUGUGAAUGAGAAAGGACUCAAGUACUACAAUACCCUCAUUGACCAACUGCUGGAAAAUAAAAUCACUCCUAUUGUGACCCUGUAUCACUGGGACCUUCCACAGGUUUUGCAGGAGAAAUUUGGAGGCUGGCAGAACAUCAGCAUGGUCAAUUACUUUAACGACUUUGCCAGUCUUUGCUUUGAAAGAUUCGGAAACCGUGUGAAACACUGGAUCACUUUUAAUAACCCAUGGUCAGUGGCAGUAGAGGGCUAUGAAACAGGAGAACAUGCUCCAGGCCUGAAGCUCAAAGGCACAGGGGCCUACAAGGCAGCUCACCACAUCAUCAAGGCACACGCUAAGGUUUGGCAUACCUAUGACAGUCAAUGGCGACACAAUCAAAAUGGUUUGGUGGGGAUUUCACUGUCUGGAGACUGGGGAGAGCCAGUGGACAUUACCAACCCGAAGGACAUAGAGGCAGCUGAGAGAUAUGUCCAGUUCUACAUGGGCUGGUUUGCUACACCCGUCUUCCAUGGAGACUACCCUCAGGCCAUGAAGGACUUCAUAGGUAGGAAGAGUUCUCAGCAGGGGUUGGGAACAUCUCGACUUCCCACCUUCUCCUCUCAGGAGAAGGGUUACAUUAAAGGCACGUGUGACUUCCUGGGAGUAGGGCAUUUCACCACACGCUAUAUCACCCAGAAGACAAGCCCUCCAGACCGUGGUGGCUCCUUCUAUACAGAUCGAGACCUGGCUGAGCUGGUGGAUCCACGCUGGCCUGAUCCUGGCUCAGAAUGGCUCUACUCUGUGCCUUGGGGCUUCCGGCGUCUGCUCAACUUCAUAAAGACUCAGUAUGGGAACCCUGUAAUCUACAUCACUGAAAAUGGAGUCUCUGAGAAAAUGAUGUGCACGGACUUGUGUGAUGACUGGAGGAUCCAGUAUUAUAGGGAUUACAUCAAUGAAAUGCUGAAAGCCAUCAGAGAUGGAGUGAAUGUGAAGGGCUACACUGCGUGGUCUCUGCUGGAUAAGUUCGAGUGGGAUGAUGGCUACUCAGACAGAUUUGGACUGUAUUAUGUAGACUUUAAGAAUAAGAACAAAACCCGUUACCCCAAGGCCUCCGUUCACUACUAUAAACGCAUCAUCAGCUCCAACGGAUUCCCUAAUCUUAGAGAGGUUGAGAACUGGAAGAGGAAGGCUGCAGAGAUGUGUUCAUCUAGCAAUCGGCUCUUGGCUGCAGAUCCCUUGACCAGCCACAUGGAGAUGGUAACAGAGAUAGUCGUGCCCACUGUGUGCACCCUCUGCAUUCUCAUCACUGCGCUUUUUCUUAUGUUUCUCCUUCGCAGACGCACCUAGCAAAGA